GUUUCACAGUUAUCUGCUGUACCUACAGUGUUAAAGUACUGCUGUAUCUACUAUACGGAAAUUUUCAGUUUAGGAUUACCACUAUUUCCAGUUGAAGCGGUACCAUUGAUAAAGCUUCCAUCUAAAGGUUUGGUAGCGGAUCAAAAGCAUAGAAAUCCACCUUGAGUUAUUUGGAUAACGGAUUGACGAAUUUGUGAACGCCUGGAACCUUCUAUGAGAUAAAGUUCUAUUAUACGUGCGUAUAUUAUGUGAUUUUGGAAUAACCUUGGUUUAGAUCAACUUAAUCUGUCACCGUGUAUUACUUCAUUGAACCGAUUCUGUCAAAUAAAAAUGAGUACCAAGCAUUUAGGACCUGGUUCUGUCGCCCCACCCAUUACACCUGGUAAGCUACGGUUGUACAGUAUGAGAUUUUGUCCUUACGCACAAAGAAUACAUCUUGUACUUGAUGCUAAACAAAUACCGUAUGAUGUGGUUUAUGUAAAUCUUACUCGAAAACCAGAAUGGUUACUGGAGAAAAAUGAAUUGGGGAAAGUACCUUGUUUAGAAUUUGAGAGUGGAGAAAUUCUAUAUGAAAGUCUAAUUAUAGCAGAUUAUUUGGAUGAAGCUUAUCCACAAAAUGGUCUUCAUCCAACUGAUCCUAUGGCUAAGGCUAAGGAUAGACUACUUAUUGAGAGAUUUAAUACAGUUAUAACAAUUAUGUACAAGUUGUAUUUAGAAACAAUAGUUGACCGGGAUUUAUUUGACAAGGCUUUAGCUGGCUUAGAAGUUCUUGAUAGAGAACUUGCAAAACGAGGGACACCAUUCUUUGGAGGAAGUAAACCAGGAAUGCUGGAUUUAAUGAUAUGGCCAUGGUGCGAGAGAGCUGAUAUUAUUAGAGUUUUACGCGGUGAUCAAUAUGUUAUACCUCGUGAGCGGCUUUUAAGAUUGCUGGAAUGGCGAACUGCAAUGAAAGAGGAUCCUGCUGUGCGGGGUAGUUAUCUAGACACAGAAACACAUGCUAAAUAUAUUAGAAGCCGUCUAGCUGGUUCACCACAAUAUGACAUGCUCGCUUCUGCAUAGAUUACAGUGAAAACUAUAAUAUAUUGCAUACUUUUAAAUAUAUGCAAUGGUCCUGAAUAUCAGCACAUAAUAUAUAAACUCAACUCCCUAUGAAUUAGAAAUUGAACACUUUCCUAAUAUAUAUUUAUAAAACUUUCAGUGAGAAUAUCUCCCGGUGAAAAACAUUAAUGACUGAAAACUGUUUUUUAUUUACUAAUUUUCCAUAUAUUAAGCAUAUGCCUUUUAUUUGUAUUAAUCAUCAAUGAAAUUUAAGUACUUUAUUUUAUUUAAUUCUUAUAUUUAAUGUAUUAAUACAAAAUGGAAGAUCAAAAUUGGAAUGAUUGAAUGAGUUAUAAUGGUGUUAUGCAAUAUUAUGUUAAUUUGUAAAUUGUAACACUACCAUAAUAAAAAAUGCAGAUGAAUAUCA